AUGUUUUUUUGUCCUCGUUGUGGUAAUAUGCUAUUUGUGGAACAAGGUGAUCGAUGCAAUCGAUUAGCAUGUAAUACAUGUCCAUAUAUUUGUGAUAUUGUGACUAAAAUAACCGAGCGACAAUAUACAAGUUUAAAAGCAAUUGAUGAUGUUCUUGGUGGCGCAGCAUCGAUGGAAAACGUUGAUAAAACUGAAAUAACAUGUCCAAAAUGUGCUCAUACAAAAGCAUACUUUAUGCAAUUGCAAACUCGUUCUGCCGAUGAACCUAUGACAACGUUUUAUAAAUGUAUAGAAUGUGGUCAUCGGUGGAAUGAUUAG